CCAAAAGUCUAAUUUACGCUUGCAGUAGUUCUUCUCUCCAGUGCGAAAAACCCUAGAAAAUGUGCGUUCUAAGAACCAACGGAACACGAUCGAAUCAUGUGGGAUCACGCAUCGCGUCAGCUCCUCGUCAGCUACUAGCAAGUCGGAUUCAGCGGCGGAUUGGUGACCUUCUUCCUUGAUCUUACACGCCUCCUCAAUUUCAUCGUUGAAAACUAGAACAAGAGCCAGCUCGUCGUGUUGCUCUUAAAUUUUCGAUUUUUAUUUGAUUCCAUCGCAUUCCAGUGAAAUUUGCAUCUUUUCUCCUCGCUUGUCCUGUUCUAGCCCUAAAGCGGCGGCGGUCAUUGGAUCCCGAGACCGGAACAGCUCCGCCUAAUCUCGCCCUUUUUUUAAUCUUUUAUCUACUCCCACGUAAGGAUUUGACAUCGGCAGUCGGGAGUGGAAAAGGAAAAGGAAAAGGAAUAGAUUAAGCCCUAAAGCACUCUUGCUCCCAGUGUGUUUGAUGGAGAUUGGAUAGAGCUCGGGAACAGCUGUAUCCAAUUACCCAAAAAAACUUUGAACUUUCGCCCCACAAUCCACAUACGCUACUGUUGCUUGUAUCUUCCAUGAAUGUCUCUAUAACUUUCCCUCCCUUCGCCAUCCUGCCUUCACUCAUUCUCUUUGCUCCCUCCCUCCUCUCUUGCUGGUCCUCCGCCCGCCGGACUGCGGUGGUUCUGGCGAUUCUGCUGACGGAAAUGCGGAAAGAUUUAAUUUUUGACGAAGUGGUUGUGGGUUGAUUGAGGUUCUGAAAAGGGGGAGUUUUUUUUGAGGAAGAGAAAAGUGCCACUAUUGUACUACGUUCUUGAUCUUUCCAAAAAGCUUCGCCUUUGGACUUCGAGUUCUUGAACAGUUGAACGGCCUUGGAGGAAGCAAAAAAUGCAAAGUGGCCAUUUCUUAGAACGAAAGCUUUUGACCGGAUAAACCAAGGCAUGGAGAUCAUUGAUCGAUACUUUUGACAAUCAUGGAUCCACAGAUUUUUUUCAGAUUGUCUAUUGGAUCCUUGGGGCUAAGAUUACCAGUGGAUGCAUUGAAGGAUAGACCAAGUGCAGUACCUGCAUAUUCGAAGUGUUCGUGUGACAUACGCCUGGGAGAUCUUCCCAUUCGACGAACAAGAGUGCCCCUAGUCUCAUCCCCUCGAGGCAGUCCUGAUGCUAUCAGCAAUCCUGUUGUAUUCUAUCUCGCGGAAUCUGAUGUCAAGACACUGACAGUGUCAAGACAUUUCAGUGUGCCAAAACCGAACCUUCAGAUUACUGUGUACAUGGGUAAGCAGGGUUCACAUUGUGGUGUCACUGGUAGAAGGCUGGUAAUUGGGUGUCUCGGAUUAGAAAUAGGACUCGAACAGUUUGAGAAACCGACACUGCUUCAUAAUGGGUGGAUCGGUCUUAGGCAGAAGAAAGGGGGGGAGGUUUCGAAACAUGGACCCGAGCUUCAUUUACAGGUGAGAUUGGAUCCUGAUCCCAGAUAUGUCUUUAAAUUUGAAGAUGAAACUACCUUGAGUCCACAAAUAGUUCAGCAACAGGGUGCCAUCAAGCAACCGAUAUUUAGCUGCAAGUUUGUCAAAGAUCGAAGAUCGAGCAUGAGUGAUGAGGAUGGCGACGACGCUGAAAAGAGGGAGAGAAAAGGUUGGAAGGUAAAGAUUCACGAUCUCUCAGGCUCAGUUGUGGCUGCUGCUUUCAUGGCAACUCCAUUUGUGCCGUCGACGGGUUGUGACCGAGUUGAUCGUUCCAACCCAGGUGCAUGGCUCAUACUCCACCCCAAUGCAGCUGGCUCUGCCGAGAGCUGGCAACCAUGGGGCCGCCUCGAGGCAUGGAGAGAAAUCGGUCAUCCAAGAGACACUAUAUGCCUUCGGCUCCAAAUUCUAUCAGAAGGCCAGGAAGCCAGCAUCCUUGUUUCUGAUGUAGCAAUAAACACCGACAAGGGAGGAGAAUUCAACAUAGACAUGGACCGACAUGAACCUAUUGCCGGCGGUUUUGUGAUGAAUUGCAAGGUGUCUGGGGAGGAGAAGUGUAGCGAGCCACUGGUUCAACUGGCAGCGCGACAUGUUACCUGCGUGGAGGACGCGGCUAUCUUCAUGGCACUCGCGGCCGCGGUGGAUCUUAGUGUCAAGGCAUGCCGGCCAUUUGGAAGGAAGGCAAAGAAGGGGGUUUUUGGCCAUUCUUUUUGUUCCUAGCAUAGCAAGGUGUAUGUUCUAGCAUUUUAUCAAAUAGUUCGUUCGACUUGUGCUUGGACUUUAUCGAUCUUCGCUAUGCGAAUAUGAUGCAUAAAUAUUGUCAGUGCGUAUGUCUCACAAAUGCGGAAGCUUUUGCACUAAGUUCUUAUAAAUUUUGUGGGAGUCAAA